AUGUCGACAGACCUCCACGCAGACUUCCCAGACGACGACAAGCCGUGGCGACGGCCGGGGUCCGACAUCUCGGAUUAUUUCAACUACAGCUUCGACGAGUUCACCUGGGCUAGCCACAGGAUCAAGCAACAGGAGCUACGCAAGGAGUUCGGAGACCAAAAGAAACAGCUCGAGGUCAUACAGAACUUUCCGACUAUGGGCUUUCCCAUGUCCGAUGGCCCGCCGCCGCCGAUGCCCGGCAUGAACCCGGAGAUGAUGCAGAACAUGCUCCCCAGAAUGAUGGCGCAGGGCCUCGAUCCGUCUUCGAUGGCCCCCAUGUCUUUUGUGGACCACGCCCAGGCGAUGAGGCCCAACCAAUCCGGCGCAGGCGACGGACAGGAGGGCCAGUUUGGUGGCCAAGGCGGUGGUAUAGAGGUGAGUAUGGCGGUGGACGAGGACGGUGGCGAAGGUGGUAGUAGAGCCUGCGGGUGGGUUUUGCAUGAUGUUUCUUGCUCUAAGUCCGGAAAUGGGUCUGGUCGGUCGUGGAGUUACUCUGCAAUACACACUACCUAUUCUCUUGGACUUCAAUAG